AUGUGCAGGUGGUGGCAUCUUAGGUUAGCAAAUGUAACGCCCAUCUACAAGAAGGGCCAGAAGGAGGAUCCGGGGAGCUACAGACCUGUCAGUCUGACCUCAGUGCUGGGGAAGCUUGUGGAGCAGGUCAUCCUGAGUGCCAUCACACGGCACGUGCAGGACAACCAGGCAAUCAGGCCCAAUCAGCAUGAGUUUAUGAAAGGCUUGACUAACCUGGUCUCUCACAAGGCUGCCUGGAGCCUGAAAACACGAGCUUUGACAGAAAUGGUGUACGUGGAUGAAAUCGAUAUGGAUCAAGAAGGAAUCGCAGAGAUGAUGCUAGAUGAAAAUGCCAUUGCUCAAGUCGCACGACCAGGAACGUCUUUGAAACUCCCUGGAACUAGCCAAGGUGGAGGCCCCAGCCCAGCUGUUAGGCCGGUAACUCAAUCAGGAAGACCUAUUACAGGAUUUGUGAGACCCAGCACACAAAGUGGACGGCCAAGUACUAUGGAACAGGCUAUAAAAACACCUCGAACAGCUCUCACAGCUCGUCCGAUUACUAGUGCUUCUGGGAGAUAUGUCAGGCUAGGAACGGCUUCAAUGCUAACAAACCCAGAUGGCCCUUUCAUAAAUCUGUCUCGACUGAAUUUAGCAAAAUAUGCUCAAAAACCCAAACUGGCAAAGGCAUUGUUCGAAUAUAUUUUUCACCAUGAAAAUGACAUAAAAAAUGCUCUAGAUUUGGCAGCCCUUGCCACUGAGCACGCACAAUUCAAGGACUGGUGGUGGAAAGUCCAAAUUGGGAAGUGCUACUAUAGGUUAGGAUUAUAUCGUGAAGCCGAAAAACAAUUUAAGUCAGCUCUCAAGCAACAGGACAUGGUUGAUACAAUCUUGUAUUUGGCAAAAGUGUAUUUGCGCUUGGAUCAGCCUGUAACAGCUUUGAACCUUUUCAAGCAAGGGUUAGAUCGAUUUCCUGGAGAAGUGACUCUUAUUUGUGGAAUUGCCAGAAUCUACGAGGAUAUGAACAAUAUCUCCUCAGCUGCAGAGUACUAUAAAGACGUCUUAAAACAAGAUAAUACUCAUGUGGAAGCCAUUGCAUGCAUUGGCAGUAACCAUUUUUAUUCAGACCAGCCUGAGAUAGCACUGCGGUUUUAUAGACGGCUCCUGCAGAUGGGUGUUUAUAACUGCCAACUUUUUAACAAUCUGGGCCUCUGUUGCUUCUAUGCCCAGCAAUAUGAUAUGACACUAUCUUCAUUUGAACGCGCACUGUUUUUGGCUGAAAAUGAGGAGGAGACAGCAGAUGUGUGGUACAACUUGGGACACGUGGCUGUGGGGAUAGGAGACCUGAAUCUGGCUUACCAGUGUUUCAAGCUAACAUUAGUCAACAAUAAUGACUAUGCGGAAGCUUACAACAACUUGGCUGUGCUGGAAAUGCGAAAAGGUCACGUUGAACAGGCAAGAGCUUUGCUGCAGACUGCUUCAUCUUUAGCACCUCAUAUGUAUGAGCCCCAUUUCAAUUUUGCAAUACUCUCAGAGAAGGUUGGAGAUCUUCAGAGGAGUUACACAGCUGCUCAGAAGUCAGAAGAAGCAUUUCCAGGCCAUGUUGAUACACAACAGCUCAUCAAACAGUUAAAACAGCACUUUGCUAUGCUCUGAUGAGCAUAUUUUUUAUUAUGUAAAAACAGUUAGCCAGAGCAUAUGUCCCAUACAUCUUUUUGAAAAUACUAGCUC